AAAUCGAGUAGUUACAACCCGUGACACCCUAUCGCUGUUGCCCAGUGAAAGAAUGCAACUUUACAAACUAGCCAUUCAGCCUGGAACCGCAGGAGAUUCAGGACAUCUGCCCGCGACGUACCACGUCCUUUGCUCGCGCUGAUCUCUCCGCAUAAGACUAUUGUCUCGUCUGGUCAUGCAGAAAAGCACUUGUUCUAGCGGUAGAUAUUCUGAUGCUAAUUCCACUGGCAGUAAACAGAUGUUGUGUUGAUGCUGCCAUGUUAUCCAUAUGUUUGGGGUGUAUAAAAGGAUGUUUAAAACGCUAUCAUAAUAUUUGCUUUUGCAUUUCAGCGGGUUGGAUAGAGGAUUCGGCUACUUCGCCAGUGACAUAAGUUGAUUUCCUUCAACAAUUCCAGCCUGUUAAAGUAAAGUAAAGAAAUAACAAUUGAAAUGUAGAUUUUUUAAAAUGAUUUUAUGUAAAAAAAAGUAUAUCAUAUUUUCAAGUUUUAAAUAUUAAACACGAAACACUUAUAAGACAGUUAUAAUCAGCCUACAUUAUAUGGUGACUAUUACGCACGUAGCCAUGAUGUGUGAAGGGUUUAUUGGCCUAUAACUCCUCAUUGGAAAUAAAACAACAGAUAAUUAUCUCUCACUACAGUCUUCUAGGAUUGGUCGGCUCUACUGUCAAUCAUACGCCCCAAGCCUAAACGGGAUGAAUGGGAUGUAGCCUACUCAUCUAUUCGCCGUAGUGCGCUCCCUCUCGCUCACACGCCUGUUGGCCAAGUGAUGGGAGACAACCACCGAUACUUUGUUUUUACGCACAGGGUGCGGACACACCUGACCCGAGUAUCUUUUCGUUUCGUUUGGAAUUCCGUAUGAAUGGAGCUGGAAAUUUGGUUCAUUCAUCACUAAAUAAUAAGAAGUCCGUUAUAAGCAGCGUAUAGGCAAGUUGUGGAAUUAUGUCAAUUUCACCAGGAUUUUUGCAGUGGAAGAGGAGCGAAUAACUUUAGCCAAUAUGCGUUUUUGGAUUAUGACUCGUCUCGCCCGACUGUCCUAUGGAAUAUAGCCCAAUAUAUCAGAACCUGCAUUUGGUCUCAUCAUCCCCCGUGAAGAAUAAACUAUUUGUUUUCUGCAUCAUGUUGUCCCUGUGGGUGUAUAUGAUAUAUUGCUGCGUCGGAUACUGUUCAACCAUGCCAAGUCUGAUGGUCAGUACAGCCAGCAGUAAACAUUCACAACAUCUCGAAACAGUUGACCCUAACAGAACUCAACCCCGACUCCAAAACGAAGGGGACUUGGAAUCCGAACACCAAGAAGAUCCGUUAGAUUCUUUAGAUCCGUUAUUCGGCGCAUCAUCCAGGGACGUGUUAAAUAAUGAGAGUGAUUUGGACAGCAGAGGAGGGGAGGACUGGGAUGAGAUUCGAAGCGAGCAGAGGACGUUGGAUAAUAAUGUCGUGUCAAGUCUCUUUAACGUGUCAGGGCCGGUGGAGAGUAAGAAGUUGCCCCAGGCGAUUAUCAUCGGGGUGAAGAAGGGAGGCACACGGGCGCUGCUGGAGUUCCUCCGCGUGCAUCCCGACAUUAGAGCUGUUGGGGCCGAGCCGCACUUCUUUGAUCGGAACUAUGACAAGGGACUGGAGUGGUACAGAGACCGUAUGCCUGAGACUCAGGAGGGUCAGAUCACCAUGGAGAAGACCCCCAGCUACUACGUCACUAAAGAUGUCCCCGCCCGUAUCCACACCAUGUCCCCAGACACCAGGCUGAUUGUGGUGGUCCGAGACCCCGUCACCAGGGCCAUCUCAGACUACACUCAGACCCGCUCCAAGAAACCUGACAUACCCUCCUUUGAGAGCCUCGCCUUCAAGAACAGAACUACGGGUCUCAUCGACACGUCCUGGAGCGCCGUCCAGAUCGGGAUGUAUGCCAAGCACCUAGAACGCUGGCUGCAGUACUUCCCCAAGGAGCAGCUCCUCUUCAUCAGCGGGGAGAGGUUGAUCUCCGACCCAGCCGGGGAGAUGACACGCGUACAGGACUUCCUGGGCCUCAGGAGGGUAGUCGGUCACAAACACUUUCACUUCAACCCAGCCAAGGGCUUCCCCUGUCUGAAGAGGCCGGAGGGGAAUAGUAAACCUCACUGUCUGGGGAAAACCAAAGGAAGGAUUCAUCCUAAUAUUGACCCUGAGGUGGUACAGAAACUGAGGGACUUUUAUCAACCUUUCAACAGGAGGUUUUAUCAGAUGACGGGACAUGACUUUGGAUGGGGUUCAUGGAGCUGAGCGACGGAGACAUUGAGUGAAUCCAAAAUGGAACCCUAUUCCCUAUGUAGCGCACUACCCUGGUCAAUAGUAGUGCACUAUAACAUUGGACAAAAUGGCACCCUCUUCCCUAUGAAGCGCACAACCCUGGUCAAUAGUAGUGCACUAUAACAUUGGACAAAAUGGCACCCUCUUCCCUAUGUAGAGCACUACCCUGGUCAAUAGUAGUGCAUUAUUGAGGUUGUUGUACACUAUUCUGGUGAAAUGUAGUGCACUACUGAGGUGUUAUGGUGCCCUUUCAGACAGAGAUGUUGUAUCUUUCUUUGAGGGGUUUUAGGUUGUAAUUGUAACAUUUUAGAGAUAUUGUUAUACUGUGUAUAUAAGGUGUGUAAAAAGUACAGAAGUCUAUUUUCUGAUAAUUUAUUUCUAGGAUAUUAUGAACUCACUGAGCUGCCUAUCCAUGUUUGUUGAGGAUCAUCACACAUCUUUACAUUCCUGUUUUUAAAAUAAUAGUUUGAAGGGCAUUUUGUAAUCUUGAAAUUACCUCAGAAAAAUACAUGUGCAGGAAUUGUGGAGAUGAAAAAUCUAACAGCAGAAUUGUGUUACGGGUAGCAGCACUCGACCAGCAGGGUUUAGGCUAGAGCUAUUGUUUCCCUUCAUAGACAUGCAAUGACUUCAUAAUGCUGCAUUGGCUCAUUCUCCCUACCUUUACCAUGUUGGUUUUAACAUGGCUGUACGAAUACCACACCAUCUCAGCAAGAAUGGUUCACUCACAAAGGUUGGUAGAAUGAGGACGUAGAAAUAUUGUAACGAGCAGAGAAUUAGGGUCAUUGAACACGGAGGAACUUCUCUGUAGCCGCUUGGUUUUUACAAGAUGUUAAUAACCACUCAAGGAGUCCAAAUCAACCUCCCUGCUCACUUAAUCGUUCACUACUUAUGACCAGGACCCAUGGGGCAUUUAGGGAACAGGGAACCAUUUGGGAUGCCCUCCCAGUGUCACUAUGACAGCUAUAUCAAUACAGUAAUAAUUCAUCAUCACAUCAAUUACACGUGAGUGAUGUCACAUUACAACUGAGUGAUGUCACAGUGCCGCUGAGUGAUGUCACAGUGCAGCUGAGUGAUCUGUAGUCCUGUUAGGUAAAGUUAACAGGACUGCUGUUGGAUCAGAUGUUAUCACCACAGCCCUCUGUAGUCCUGUUGGGUAAAGUUAACAGCUGUUGGAUCAGAUGUUAUCACCACAGCCCUCUGUAGUCCUGUUGGGUAAAGUUAACAGGACUGCUGUUGGAUCAGAUGUUAUCACCACAGCCCUCUGUAGUCCUGUUGGGUAAAGUUAACAGCUGUUGGAUCAGAUGUUAUCACCACAGCCCUCUGUAGUCCUGUUGGGUAAAGUUAACAGCUGUUGGAUCAGAUGUUAUCACCACAGCCCUCUGUAGUCCUGUUAGGUAAAGUUAACAGGACUGCUGUUGGAUCAGAUGUUAUCACCACAGCCCUCUGUAGUCCUGUUGGGUAAAGUUAACAGCUGUUGGAUCAGAUGUUAUCACCACAGCCCUCUGUAGUCCUGUUGGGUAAAGUUAACAGGACUGCUGUUGGAUCAGAUGUUAUCACCACAGCCCUCUGUAGUCCUGUUAGGUAAAGUUAACAGCUGUUGGAUCAGAUGUUAUCACCACAGCCCUCUGUAGUCCUGUUGGGUAAAGUUAACAGCUGUUGGAUCAGAUGUUAUCACCACAGCCCUCUGUAGUCCUGUUGGGUAAAGUUAACAGCUGUUGGAUCAGAUGUUAUCACCACAGCCCUCUGUAGUCCUGUUGGGUAAAGUUAACAGCUGUUGGAUCAGAUGUUAUCACCACAGCCCUCUGUAGUCCUGUUGGGUAAAGUUAACAGCUGUUGGAUCAGAUGUUAUCACCACAGCCCUCUGUAGUCCUGUUGGGUAAAGUUAACAGGACUGCUGUUGGAUCAGAUGUUAUCACCACAGCCCUCUGUAGUCCUGUUGGGUAAAGUUAACAGCUGUUGGAUCAGAUGUUAUCACCACAGCCCUCUGUAGUCCUGUUGGGUAAAGUUAACAGGACUGCUGUUGGAUCAGAUGUUAUCACCACAGCCCUCUGUAGUCCUGUUGGGUAAAGUUAACAGGACUGCUGUUGGAUCAGAUGUUAUCACCACAGCCCUCUGUAGUCCUGUUGGGUAAAGUUAACAGCUGUUGGAUCAGAUGUUAUCACCACAGCCCUCUGUAGUCCUGUUGGGUAAAGUUAACAGGACUGCUGUUGGAUCAGAUGUUAUCACCACAGCCCUCUGUAGUCCUGUUGGGUAAAGUUAACAGGACUGCUGUUGGAUCAGAUGUUAUCACCACAGCCCUCUGUAGUCCUGUUGGGUAAAGUUAACAGCUGUUGGAUCAGAUGUUAUCACCACAGCCCUCUGUAGUCCUGUUGGGUAAAGUUAACAGCUGUUGGAUCAGACCACAUUUAUUGGGAACUCAAUGGUGCAUUGUUGUGUUAUUGUUGUUGAAAUGGAAAUUCAAAGUCUGCGAUUCAAUCCGAUCGCCCGUUGCAGUGCUCUUGACAUCAGAAAGUCAUUUCCAGCUGAGCCAACGUUAACAGAGGUUUACCUUGAAGGUCACCUCUGUGAACGUGGGAACAUUACCUCUGUGAACGUGGGAACAUUACCUCUUCGAACGUGGGAACAUUACCUCUGUGAUAGUGUGCAGCACUGUAGCGAGCCUUGAAUUGAAUCGUGACCAACGUCUUGCUAUUCAGGGCUCACAAUUCCUUUCUCCUAAGUCUGUGUAUGGGUGAGUUUUAUUCAUCCCUAUACAGAGAGAUACGCCAAUGACAAUGUUUCUACCCAUCAAAUAUGAUGAUAAUGUUAAUAAUGAUAAUGAUAAAAAAUCUGUAUCCAACUAUUUUGCUGCAUAGUUUCCAUUUUACAAAGAUGUAAAUGAGGCCGUUGUGAGUAACAUGGCGUCAUUGUUGUUAUUUCUUUCAAGUAAGGAAUAUAUCUAUUUUACCAAAACAAAAUGAUCCUCUGAAUGUCACAUUGUCAUAAAACUACACGACACCUUUGACAUGUGUUAUAACUACAUUAUAAACAAAUUAUACAGUCUUAUGACCAGCUUAUAAAGCCCCUGUCAUCUCUCCUCAUUGUCUUCGGUGACUACGUCAUUGGAGCCCUUAGCACUGAGCACAGUGGCACCAGAGGGGUUGUCUGACGCUGCCUUGAACCUCAUUAGCCAGACAGGUUAAUGAGCGCAGUUAGCAUUAGUGUUAGCGUUAGCGACUCAAUGGAACACUACCACGCUUGUCGCCAUGGUCACAGCACCAUGUGUCAGGUCCCUCUCUAAGCAGGAGAAGAGACAGAUGAUCAAAACACUGCCAUUCCUCUGAGAGCCUGAUAUUUGAUAACACCUGACACUGUAAAGAAGGAGAGCCUGAUAGUAGAUAACCCCUGACACUGUAAAGAAGUAGAGUCUGAUAGUAGAUAACCCCUGACACUGUAAAGAAGGAGAGCCUGAUAGUAGAUAACCCCUGACACUGUAAAGAAGUAGAGCCUGAUAGUAGAUAACCCCUGACACUGUAAAGAAGUAGAGCCUGAUAGUAGAUAACCCCUGACACUGUAAAGAAGUAGAGCCUGAUAGUAGAUAACCCCUGACACUGUAAAGAAGUAGAGCCUGAUAGUAGAUAACCCCUGAUACUGUAAAGAAGGAGAGCCUGAUAGUAGAUAACCCCUGACACUGUAAAGAAGUAGAGCCUGAUAGUAGAUAACCCCUGACACUGUAAAGAAGUAGAGCCUGAUAGUAGAUAACCCCUGAUACUGUAAAGAAGGAGAGCCUGAUAGUAGAUAACCCCUGACACUGUAAAGAAGGAGAGCCUGAUAGUAGAUAACCCCUGACACUGUAAAGAAGAAGAGCCUGAUAUUUCAUAACCCCUGAUACUGUAAAGAAGGAGAGCCUGAUAGUAGAUAACCCCUGACACUGUAAAGAAGUAGAGCCUGAUAGUAGAUAACCCCUGACACUGUAAAGAAGUAGAGCCUGAUAGUAGAUAACCCCUGAUACUGUAAAGAAGGAGAGCCUGAUAGUAGAUAACCCCUGACACUGUAAAGAAGUCAUGUCAGGUCAACACGAUUGUUCAGUUUUUCGAUCGGUCAUUUUUUCGAAUUCCCUAUGAUUGGGUUUGUGUUGGAGGGAAUUGAUCAUCUGUAUCUGUAUGUAAGUGUACUAAAAUCAAAUCAAAUCAAACGUAUUUAUAUAGCCCUUCAUACAUCAGCUGAUAUCUCAAAGUGCUGUACAGAAACCCAGCCUAAAACCCCA